CCUCGCGCCAUCAUAACCGUUGGCUAUAAAAACGUGGAGAUUAAACGCUCACGAACAUUCAGAUUCCCAAAAAACAGAAUUUCACACUUGAGCUCCUCCAAAGUAAUAAAAUACCUUUCGAAUUAGAACAGUAAAUCUCUUGCGCAUUUAUUGCUGUACAAAUCACCUGGUUUCAACUGCGGUAAGUCGUGUUUAACACUAGGCUAACAUAUAAUACGGUCAACUGUCGUUAAACAAUUUGAAUAAUUUGUCAUACAACUCGACGACAAAGUUGUCCGCCACACGACAUAUAUUACGUAUAUAGGUAUGGCUUAUUCGUCUAACGACCUGGCUGCUGCCAACGACGCCAGUUGGUUGGCCAAACUAGAGGAAUCGUGUUCUUCCCUGAAUUCUGCUGAAUGUCAACCGGAUGAUAUUCCGCCAUCUAAACAUCAAACGGAUGCAGAGGAUCGUUUUACCGAGCGUUGGCUGGAAGCGAUUGACGAAGACGAUCCGUUUGGCGUAGGAAUUCAAAGCGACAUUCCAUUGCAAAUUCAAAUUCUGGUCGAAGCUGGAUUUCAAAAGCAGGUGGAAUGGAUUCAAUCUCGCUUGUUAUCCGCCUGCUCCGCACGUCUGGCCAGCAUCACCUGCCAAAGCGUUGCCCAGUCCAGCAAGUCCAUUUACUACGUCACUCUGAGAUGUAAUUCGGCCUGCCCGAUUUUACCGCGCGACGUGGACGACUCGUCGGCCCUGCGUUCGGGAUUGUUCCGCUUUGCAAUGACCCAAUUAAAUCUGUAUCCGUCGACGCCGCACACGCUGCUCUACCCGCGCAUUCCGCCCGAGUGGUCGGCCGACACGCUCUACUCAGUCGCCCGGCUCCUGGGUCCCGUCCGCCAGAGCCAAGUCGAUUUCAAUUUGUCGUCGGUGAAGCCGGUCCCGUUACCGUUUAUCGAUUGGCCAGCAGCAGCAGCAGCGCAACUUUGACUUGGGCGUGAUUGCUGCGCUGAUGCCGGCCGUAUGUCUGUUCAUGUUCAAUCACUUUUCGUCAUCAUUGCCGGAAUUUUAUAGAUUUCUGCACCUGUCAAUUGCAUUAUUGCACUGCGGCCGACUAUACUAUUUGGCUAUCCAUUUUAUAAAGUGCGCUA